AUGAUCCGCCGCAGCCGCCGCCGCCGCGGCACCUACCUGACUGACGACGACGACCUCCUCCGGGAAAUCCUCCUACGCCUCCCGCCGCGGCCGUCCUCCCUCCCGCGCGCAUCCGCCGUCUGCAAGCGCUGGCGGGGCCUCGUCACCGACCCAAAGUUCCUCCGCCGCUUCUAUGCCCACCACCGGAAGCCGCCCCUCAUCGGCGUCUUCAACGACCGCUACCCCGAUAGGGUUGCGUUCAGGGCCGUCCUGGGCCGUCCCAACCGCAUCCCUCCUCAGCGCUUCGACAUGCGGCGCCACGGCGUCGAAACUGACUCCGGCUCCAGGACCCGACUGCUCGGGUGCCGCCACGCCCGCGUCCUCCUCAUGGACCAUGUGCACACAGAACUCGUUGUGUGCGCCCCUGUCACCGGCGAGCAGCGUCGGGUCCCUGUUCCCCCGGACCUCGUGAGGGGCUUCCUCAACGGCGCGGUGCUCUGUGCUGCAGGCGAUCUUGGCCAUGUGCACGGCGACUGCCACUCGAGCCCCUUCAAAGUGGUCUCGGUGUCAAGAAAGGAUAAUCGACCGACCGCCCGUGUUUAG